UUGGUUACUAUAAAAAUGCAAGGGAAUAUUGCGUCUGUACAGUGGUCAAAUAACUGCAGGAGGAGAACAAGUCCUGACCAAAAUGUUUUCUAAACUGUUCAUCGGGUUUUGUGUAUUGGCUUUAGCUAAUAGUGAAUUGUUGCGUGUAAAACUACAUAAAAUCAAGAAGUCAGUUCGUAGUCGCAUAGCUGACGAAGGACUCUACAAUAGUGACGAUUCUACUUACUAUGGAAAAAUAACUAUUGGUACACCACCGCAACCUUUCACGGUGCUAUUCGAUACUGGAUCGUCCAACCUUUGGAUUCCAUCAAAAAGCUGCACAUCAGCAAUUUGCACCCCUCACAAUAGAUACAAUAGCGCUGCUUCAUCCACUUACGUAAAGAAUGGUGAAAGUUUCUUCAUCGCUUAUGGAACUGGUGAAUUAGAAGGUUUUCUUUCAAAGGACACCGUUACAAUCGCUGGGUUAAGCGUCAAAGGUCAAACAUUUGCUGAAGCUACUAGUCUGGCAGAAAUGUUUCAAUACGUGAAAUUUGAUGGUAUUCUUGGUCUUGGCUACACCUCCAUCUCUCAAGAUAAUGUAACUCCAGUUUUGUAUAACAUGUACAGCCAAAAACUUAUCAAAUCGCCAGUCUUCUCAUUUUAUUUGAAACGCAACAUGGCCGACCCAGACGAUGGAGGUCAACUCGUCUUUGGAGGGGCUGAUCCAAAACACUAUACAGGUUCCUUCACUUUUGUCCCAGUUGAUGAUCAAGGAUACUGGCAGUUCAAAAUGGAUGGAGGCUCACUAGGUGCCUACAAGUUCUGUGUAGGUGGUUGCCAAGCAAUUGUUGAUUCUGGCACUAGCCUGGUUACCGGUCCACCUGAUACCAUUGAAGAAAUCUACAAGUUACUUAAUGCAACUGAAAAUUCCAUUGGUAUGAUAGCUGUGGACUGCAACAAGGUAUCCAGUUUGCCAACUAUUUCCUUCACUUUGGGAGGCAAGUCCUUAACAUUGGAACCGAAGGAUUACAUUGUGAAGACUCCAUACGGCUGCGAGGUUGGUUUCGGAUAUAACUACAGUUAUGGCUAUGGCCCUGAUUGGAUCCUGGGUGACGUUUUCAUGGGAAAAUACUACACUCAAUUCGAUAUGGCCAAUAACCGUGUUGGAUUUGCAGUUGCAAAAUAGAUGAAUUUUGCAGUUCAUUUCAAAAAUGCAGGAGCCCGAUCGUUCCUUAUCCUGGAUGGAUUGACACCUUAGCAAUAAUAAAAUAAUAUAGAAAAUUUUA